UGUAAUGUUGAAUAAGGGGAUGUGCUUGUUUUCUCUUGCCAGGGAACUUGAAAAGAAAAGACUGUCAAGAUGCCUGGGACUGGCGGCGCAUCGGGUGCACCCAAGAAGGGCCUGACGCUCGAUGACCUCAUCGCGGCCAUCGACCGGCAUGAAAGGAAUCCAAGCAAUAUCCCCAAGGUCGAUACCUUCCAUUUUUGUGGGGAGGGAGUCUCAGAAUGGCUUUUGAGCGGGUGGAACAAGCUCUGGUCGGGCGGUCGGACGUUGUAAAGUGCCAACGCAUCCUUCAGUAUGUCCUCCACAACUACCACCAAGAACUGAAGAAAGUUAUAGAUGCAGCCCAAGGUAAUUGGGAAAGAUUCAAAGAGGGAAUGCAGAGGAAGUACCGCCUGGGAGAUGGGCUAUUGACCACUGCGGACCUUGAGGCAAUGAACAAAGAGGAUUUUACGACGAUAGGGGCGUUUGUCCAAGAGUUCAAGAAGAGGGCGUGGAAGGUCCAUGAGAUUUCGGCGGAGGCACAAUGCGCCAUCUUCCUGGGGCUACUCACGGCAUCAGAGGCCGUCGAGCUGACGAGACAUGGAGGGGGUAGCACCAAGCUCACUUGGGCCACUAUUGACAGAGGGGUGGAAGUUGGAUGUUUGGACCAGGUGGAGCAACGUCAAUACCGCCUGCAAAGGCAGAAGAGAAAGGAGAGAGAUGCGACCGCUUCUGGGACCCCGGGAGUAAAGAGGAUUGUUACAGACGUACUGGCGCAGCUGGGGUAUGCGACAGAGCCGGUGGUGAAGAGAAGGGUAGUGACGGUCGUCCAGGUGAAAGGAAAGGAGCCAGUGGUAGAGGAGGCCGUUGAGGAGGAACUCUGGGAAGAGGAAGAGCCAGUGUCGCUGCACCUAACGAAGGCCCAGCGCAAACUGCGUAACUUGGUGCAGGGCGGGCAAGGAUCAGGAAAGGGGCAGGCGCCCCAGGCCCAGGCGGUGGCCCCUCCAAAUGUAGCGGCUCCAUCGGGGCGGCUCAAGCAGGGUUCCCAAAGGCGGUACAAGACGGUAGACAAGAAGUGCCACCCGGUUCCCGUCCUCAUUACAGAAGAUGAGGAUGCAUACUACGAGAGGGAACGAGGGUUGAUACAGCGAAUGAGCGAGAGUCCUCUAGCAGGGCCGUGUCGUGUCAACGAAGGGAAUGAGGGGAAGUUGAUUAUAGGGGAACCCAAUUUCCUGCUGCCUCAAGAGCGAAUGUUGAUGGUGGAGUUAAUGAAGAGGAGGCAUCACGCCUAUGUGUUUAGUGACGAGGAGCGUGGCAGACUGGAUGUGGACAAGAUACCUAUGAUCCGCAUCCAUACCGUACCACAUGAGCCUUGGAACAUGAGAGGGGCGCGAUAUCCUAACCCUGACGAGGAAAAAAAGGUGGUGGAUUACCUCGACGGCACGAUACGUACGCACGUCGCCGACUAUUCAAGUGGACCGUAUGCGUCCCCGUGGUUCUGCUUCAUCAAGCCUAAUGGGACGCUGCGGUGGGUGCAGGAUUUGCAAAGGCCGAAUGCGGUGACUGUGCAGGAUGCUGGAGGACUGCCGAAUGCGGAUGCUCUGUCAGAGUCCUGUGCUGGAAGGCCUAUAAUCUCACUUAUAGACCUUUACUCAGGAUAUGAUCAGUUCCCGGUCUACCCACCAGACAGGCUAGUGACCACUAUGCAUACGCCGCGAGGACUAAUCCACAUGAACGUGGCCCCACAGGGGUGGACCAACGCAGUAGCAAUGGUCCAACGGGCCAUGAUUCGAGCUAUGCAGUCAAUCAGCCCCCAUAUCACGCAGCCUCACAUCGACGAUUUGGCGGUGAAGGGACCAGCAAUAAAGGAGAGCGACGAGGUCUUGCCGGGGGUAAGGCGCUUUGUCUGGAAACACAUUCAGGACCUCGAUAAAGUCACGAGUCUACUGGAGGAGCACAACCUCACGACAAGCGGGACCAUAUCCAGAUACUGCAUGGGAGAAGCGACUAUCUUGGGGUUCAUCUGCAGCGAAAAAGGCCGAAGGCCAGAUGUGAAAAAGACGGACAAGAUUAUUGAGUGGCUAGUUCCAUUCCACUCAAUAACUGAUGUCAGGAGCUUCCUUGGUAGCAAGAACCGGGCGGAUGGGCUGAGUCGUAUCAACUGGGAUAAACGGGAAGGGGAGGCGGUGGAGAAUACGCCCCCAGUUGACGGAUUUCUGGAUCAAGAGGAAGAUGUCCGUCUCCAUAUCAACAAGUGGUCGCCACGAGUGCCCAGCAGUGUAGGCUAUCCUAUCUGGCAGACACCAAGUGGGUACGAACGGAGGGCUGAGCUAGUCCUGAAACCUUUUGAGGAAGAAGAUCAUUGGGGAGGCAAGGAUAUUCAGUGGAUGAUGGAGUUGGCACUGGCUAGUUCGCAUAGUCUGGUGGAGGACAUGAAGACGAUCGAAGAAGGGUCAGGCCAGGUAGAACGACAUGAGGAUCUGAUGGGAGGAAUGUACCUCCUCGUCAACACGUUAUUGCAGGAAGGCCUCGACCAGUCUGACUUUACGAAGACAGCCAUGCCAAAAGGAGGGAAGGGGACACGGCCGCCUCGGAGGCCGUUGGGGGCAUCAGGAGGAUAUGAGUGGCAUGGGUCUCGCUAUCGAGAGAGUACUCCGGUGUACGAUGAUGGGGACAUCAAGCUAUUCCUGGACAGUUUGUGGGAGCAUGCGAGGCGUAUGGGCUGGACCGUGGCCCAGGCAAUCGAGAGACUGAGGGGAGCAGGCAGGUUCGAGGAGCCCAUUACCAGGAUUCAUAGGGAGGCGACGACGAGCUAUCAUCGAGAGCCUGAGGCAGCGAUCUCAGGGAGAAGUGGACAAGCCAGAGAGCAGCCGACAGGGAGAGCAGAGGCCGCCAAGGCAUGGUUUGCCAGGACAACCACCUACAACAGAGACUUAUCAGGAGCCACCUAUGAGGAGAGUUAUCCUGGAGCCGGAGGAGGCGAGAGCCCAGAGGGAGGCGGAGAGAGAGAGACCUUCGAGUUCAGAGCCCCUACUGAGCUCGCGACGCUACCUAUAGCAACGACGGGCCCAGUCAUGCCUUUGGCAGAUGAGGAGGGAUUACCACCAUCCAGAAGUGAGUCGGCUCAGGGCUCAGCAGAGGGAUCUAUGAACGUGCUCAUUGAGGCGGUGCACUCGAUGCAGGAGGAGGCGAGUUUGUUUUCACCCGAGCGGAGGAUAGAAGAGCCUCUUGAGAGGGAGAUGAGGAUUGAGGCUGAGGGUGUCAUCGAGGGCGGGCUCCAGAGGUUGGGCACGCCCGAGUAUGGGCCAGAGGGGAUUGAGGACCGACCUGGACCGAGUACCCAGGAGGUGGAGACACGAGAGGAGCCCUUGGAUAUGCCUCAGAGCCAUGAGCUGAGCAGGGAGGCUAGCGAAGCGCCAUCAUCGCCAGGGGCUCAAAGAGGAAAGAAGAGGUCCAGGAAGUGGUUCGAUACGUCAUGCUUCUUUUGUACAAAGGAGGGGCAUCGAGCCUUGCAAUGUCCUAAGUUCCUAAAGGACAAGGCUGAAGGGAAGGUUACAGAGGAAGGAGGCAGGAUGUAUGAUAGACAGGGCAGAAGAGUAAAGAGAUCUGCAGAUGGGGGUAGGGCUCAGCUAUAUAGGCAAAACCAGGAGGAGAUGAGCGAUCAGGACUGAGUUACCUAUAUGGUUGACAUCUUGCAUGUAGGACUAGAGUUAGGAUUUGAUGAUA